GCCCGCGCGGCGCGCGCCGAGGUGGCAGCUGGAGGCGGUGGCGGGGGGAGCUGCGCCCGCCCGGCCUCGGAGCGGGGCGCCCGCCGCGCUGCGCCUCCCGCGGGCACCGCCGUGUCCGGCCGAGCAGAGAAUCUCAUGGUUUUGAAAAUGUAUAAUGCCGUUUCUUAAACUCUUAUGACCACUGGGUCCUGCCAAACCCUCACAGAACUUUAUGCUAAUAAAUAAAAUAACAAGAGAAAAAUGACACUAAGGAAAGUGAACAUUUCCAUCCUUGUAGUGGCUGUUGUCAUAUUUUUGCUAGUUCUUCAUCAUAACUUCCUGGGCCUCAGUGACUUCUUGAAACAGGAGCUGUCAGAUUCAAAUCCGCUUGGACUUCAGCCUAUCGAUUUCAUCCCUGCAGUUCCCCAGAGGCUGGCAGAUGGAAGGAAUGAUAAGGAGAUUUCUGUGGUCAUUGCAGCAUCAGAUGAGCGGCUCGGGGGCGCGAUUGCAGCCAUGAACAGUAUUUACCGUAACACCAGAUCCAACGUGGUUUUCCAUAUUGUUACUUUGAAUGAUACCGUGGAUCACUUGAGGCUGUGGCUCAGUAAAACUGCUCUGAAAAAUGUGAGAUACCGCAUUUUGGAUUUUGACCCCCGUGUCUUAGAAGGGAAAGUACAAACGGAUCCUCAAAAGGCAGACACCUUAAAACCUUUAACCUUUGCAAGAUUCUACUUGCCCACUUUGGUGCCUCAUGCCGAAAAGGUCAUCUAUGUGGAUGAUGAUGUGAUAGUGCAAGAUGACAUUCUUGAACUUUACAACACUCCACUGAAACCUGGACAUGCAGCUGCGUUUUCAGAUGAUUGUGACUCAACCACUAAUAAAGUUGCUGUCCGUGGAGCAGGCAAUCAGUACAAUUACAUUGGGUUUCUGGAUUACAAAAAAGAAACCAUCCGAAAGCUUGCCAUGAAAGCCAACACCUGCUCUUUCAAUCCAGGCGUUUUUGUUGCCAAUUUGACAGAGUGGAAAUUACAGAACAUCACUCAGCAACUGGAGAAGUGGAUGGCGCUGAAUGUAGCAGAGGAACUUUACAGUAGGACUCUGUCUGGCAGCAUCACGACACCUCCACUGCUAAUUGUAUUUUACAAGCAACAUUCCAGUAUUGAUCCCAUGUGGAACGUCCGGCAUCUCGGGUCUAGUGCUGGAAAAAGGUACUCGCCUCAGUUUGUGAAAGCUGCCAAGCUGCUGCACUGGAAUGGACAUUUCAAACCAUGGGGAAGAACAGCUUCAUACGCUGAAGUCUGGGAAAAGUGGUACAUCCCUGACCCUACGGGCAAGUUCAGCCUGAUCCGCAGGCGCGCAGAAGCCUAUGAGGCGAAGUAGAGUCGAUCUGGGUGACUGAUGGCAUUCUCUCAGGAAACUUCUGGAGCCAAGCAGAACGGUUUUUUUUUUAGCCCACUUGUAUCCCAGAGCAGCCCUGGCCUCGGAGCACACGGCAGUGCACCCGCUCGCGUGCAGGCCAGAGGCACAGGUCCAGAGGAGGCCUCUCGCCUGUAUGACAGAUGUUACUCCAGCAGCUCUACAGCGCCAGGGAGGAUCUCCACAAAGGAGCACUUUGGUUCGUUCAUUUCUGUCUGUUGGGUGCUUCUCCUCCUGACUACCAGUCUGCUAGAGGAGGGGCAUUUUGUCAGCUACAGGAAGAAACACUUGAUAAGAUCAAACUCUAACUGCUGCUGGUCCUUGCACCAUGCCAAACUUGCACAGCAACGUACUGUAAUUAAGAGCUGCUUGGGUUUUGUUCUGGUUUUGUUUUGUUUUCUUGUCCUGUGAAAUAGUUUCAUCAACAACCCUUUCCUGCAUGAAAUCUCCUGACCAUCUCUGUGUCUUUCUUGCAGAAUUCUGCAAAAUUGAGUCUUGUUUUUUUUUUUGAAAGAUGAUUUCAAGUAUUAUUUCACUAUGCAAAGUGUUUUUAACUGCCAGUGAACACUAAAACGUGUUUUGUGAAGUGGUGGAGAAAACUUUGUUCAAAAAUAAAAGCUAAUUUUAACCUGUUGACUCAGACUUUGGGUAAAUGACGAUGAUGCUAACCUUCAUCUGACCUAUAAAGUGUUUCCUUUAUAGGAAAAAAGUACAUCUUUUGUUUAAGAGCACAGCAAGAACAAGCAGUUUGUUCCCCAGGGGAGACAGAUCACCAGUAUCAUCACCUGUUGCCUCUCCCAGUGGAACUUCUGAACAUGUAAAGGUUUGCUAGAAAAUGCAACUUAUUUCAGCUAGACAGGGGUAUUUUACCUAAGCACAGGUCUGGGGUUCAGCAUCUGUGAUCCUCUAGGAGAAACAAUUCCAUUAUAUGGAGGAUGAA